CGCAUUCAGCGUUACACAACUUUUCGUAACGCACGCAUAAUCGACCGACGUCCAAACCGCGCAAAGCACGCGCUCUCAACUCGCGGUGUACUCACGUAAUACGAAAAUGCGCCAAACACGUCGUCGGUGUUAUUCCUCAUAAAUGUAGCGAAUACACAAGUUCUCGAAGGUCGUUUCGAUAAAGCGCAAUUAACGGAAGUUUCGGUGUGAAUUGACAGCUUACACAGCAGCGCGACUUCGAAUUAGCAAUUAGUCGCGAUGUCGAUUUUCGUGUGCAGUGGCCUCUGGGACAAGUGGGCGCGCUAUUAUAGUCAGAACAGUUGGCUGCGCAUCUCGCUCAUGCUCUGCGUGUUCGGGUUCAUCAAAGAGUUCCGGCCCUCCGAGCCCUUCAUCUACGAGUUCCUCAUCGGCGAAUGGAGGAAUAUCACCGAGACGCAGGUCACGCAGGAGGUGUAUCCGGUCAGCACCUACAGCCUCCUGGCGUUCCAGCUGGUCGUACUGCUGAUUACUGAUAUCUGUCGGUACAAGGCGAUUAUUGUUGCGCUUGGGUUAUGUGGGUGCGUGAUUUGGAGUCUUUUGAUAUGGAGUACGUCGUUGAUAGCUCUGCAAAUUUUAGAGGUAUUCUAUGGGGCAUUUAUGGCGGCCGAAGUCGCUUACUACACGUAUAUCUACGCCAAAGUCGAGAGUGAUUAUUAUCAGGAAGUCAGCUCGCAUACGAGGGCGGCCAUCCUCGCUGGAAGGUCACUGUCAGGUGUACUGGGUCAAGUUUUCGUGUCAUGCCACGUGAUGGAUUACAAGCAGCUGAAUUAUAUUACACUCGGAGCAAUGAUUUUGGCAACCCUCUGGGCUUUGUGCCUCCCAUCAGUAAAACGCACCAUCUAUUUUCAUCAAAACACCAACGACCAAAUGUUAACAUCAACAAAAUACCUCAAAGCUUUCACACUGAUGAAAUCCCACUUGGUGGACUCGUUCACAAGAUACACUCUAAAAUGGUCCCUGUGGUGGUCCCUCACCACUGCUGGUUUCAUCCAGGUGCAAUACUACGUUCAGCCGCUCUACUCAGAAAUUCAGAAGGACGAAGUGGAUCCAAUCAUGUACAACGGUGCCAUUGAAGCAGUCGCCACGAUAUUAGGCUUCUUCGGUGCGCUUCUAGGUGGAUACCUAAAAGUUGACUGGCGUCAGAAAGGCGAACUAAUUCUGUCGAUUUGCGCAAUUACAGGCGCUAGUAUUAUAUUAAUUGCGUCGCAAACAGUUGAUGUCCGAAUAUGCUAUGCAUGUUAUGCGGUGUAUUGCGGUAUUUAUCAUUUGAUUAUUACCAUUGCCAGUUCGGAGAUCGCCAAGAGUAUUGUUGAAGAUAGUUAUGGAUUGGUGUUUGGUAUGAAUAUGUUCCUUGCGCUGGUGUUGCAAACGGGACUCACGCUGGCGUUCGUCUCAAAGGAUGUCGGUUUUGCGCUGACGUCUCGGAAUCAAUUCUUGGCGUACGGCAUCUAUCACAUUUGCAUCGCUGGAAUCUUUAUUAUCAUCGGAUUAAUAGGAUGGAUCAAGAGUAAUAAAGAUAUAAAGAAGACGUAUUCCUAAAUGAAUUUUGGUUCAAAGUUGUUGGAGACAACUUCACAAAGAUUACUUAAUUAGUUGUUUAUAAUUUAUCGUAGUUUUAAACUUAUAAACAAACAUCAAUAUAGUAUUAAACCUUUCUUAUGCCCAGUGCUUUUAUAAAGCUCACUAGAAAUUAACAUAAAUUGUAUAGACUGAUUUACAAAAAUAUUGUAUAUACAGAAAUAUGUACUUUACACCCAUGAUAGUUAACUUGUACAUUUUCACAUUGUCACUUAAGAAAAAUCGUGAUAUUGCUCAUAAAAUGUCCUAUAUAAAUUUGUUAUAUCAUCAGAUAUUUUAAAUGACGUUGAUUCAUUGCUAAUAUGCACUUUUAUAUAAAAUAAAAAAUCCAAAAAAAUUACAA